AUGUUAAGUCUGCUCUUUUUUGCGAUAACAGUGUUUUCCUCGGAGUCGGGGGAGUACUGUGACUUCAAUUGUUUUGUGAAGGCAUUGACCUUUACACUCGACUUCAAUGGAAGUUUUUCGUUCCAAGGAUAUAACAUCCCUUCUUUAACUUUCCACGACUUUGUCAUUCAAAACAUCACAGGAAGCGUUAAUAAUGAAACAGCCCCCGAUAUGUUAAUAUCCAACAUUACACUUGCAACACUUUCUGGAAAUGGACCAAUUAUCUCAGAAAGCUCUGAGAAGGAAAUAGGGUAUCUUGAGUUGGACAUGAAAGAGGUACACUUGGACUUUGCAACACAGUUUGAGACUUACAAUUACCUUGGGUAUAACCUUAUUGGAAGUGUAGAUCCGUCCAUUGCAGCUGACUUAAAUACAGACGCUGCGACUCUCAAGAUGGUUUGCACUGAUUGUUCGAGUAAAGACAAAAUAGCGUUUGCAACGAUAAACGCCGCUUUUGGGAAGAUGUUAGGUUUCAUCCAAAUUCUAUUGGAUACAAACAUGUACAAGUUAGAGGCUUUGAUGAAAGAAGAUAUAGACGCCAUGUUAGACAAUAUUAACUCAAAUUACACUGAAAAAUUUAUUAAUAGCACCGAGCUACUCCACUUCCCUAUUGACAUCGCAACGCCUCUGAAUAUCACAGAGAGCUCUUUGAUUGAUUUGAUCGCAUGUGCGUCAAAUGGCCUUGCCGGUGGGAAUGAGACCGAGCCUGGAAUAAAUGACAUCUUCAAUAAGAUGACCAAUUACAGUGGGGACUUCUUA